GGGUUGAUAACAAUGUGAUAUGACUGAUAAAGAAUGUUAAUAAAAGACGUAAUCAAGCAAUUUAGAAAGACCAAUUUAGUCGCUCGACUGAUUUAGAGAUUUUUCUUUAAAGGUGAGAGAUGGCCACUAGUUUGGAAGCCAAGCUCGAAUUCAAACAAUUGUGCGACGUUUUGGAAAACAUUACGAAAUCACGUGAGUCUCGUAAGAAAACGCAAUUUUUGCAAACGUACUUUGACAACUGCCGAAAUAUCAGCAACAAACUGAAAACAGAAUGUCCCGAAGCGAACGUGUCGUUGUAUUCAAUCGUAAGAUUGAUACUACCUAGCUACGAACGAGAACGCGGACCGCACAAUUUGAAACAAUAUUCGCUGGCAAAAAUCUACGCCAAUAUAUUCGGCUUUCCAAAAACCAGCGAUAAUUACAAAACCCUUAUGAAUUAUCGAGAACCUACUUCGGUUAAAACUACCGAGAAUGACUUCGCUGACCGAGCUUAUCGGUUACUCGCAAAACGUUUACCGCGAACGAGCACCGGUUUCACGAUCGAACGGGUGAACGUGUUCCUCGAUACCAUAUCCAAUGCAAAGAUGCAGGAAAAAGUGGAAACCUUUCGAGAACUCUUCCGACAGAUCACGGGGCUCGAAAUGAAAUGGAUAACGCGAAUUGUUCUCAAAAACUUGCGACUCGGUAUCAAAACACAAAGGAUAUUGGAGACUUAUCAUCAGGACGCGAACGAAGCGUUUCUCGUGACGAAGGAUUUGCGCAAGAUUUGCGAUCAAUUCCACGAUUCGAGAGCGAAAGUAGAAUGCAACAUACAAGUAUUUUCGCAUUUCGCACCGAUGCUCCUGGAGAGAUGUAGCAUCGAGGACAGCGACAAGCUAUUUAAGAACGAGAGUAAUUCGUAUUACGUGCAAAUUAAAUACGACGGCGAGAGACUGCAGCUCCAUAUGAAGGACGGAAGGUACAAAUACUUCACGCGGAUGGGACACGAUAUCACGAAAAAUCCCGGUUACGGGGAGACUGGAUCUUCGGGUUUCUUGACCGGUGUGUUUGCACGACAGUUAAAUCCGAAUUGUCAUUCUUUUAUAUUGGAUGGGGAAAUAAUGGGCUGGCACAAGGAAAAACAAAAAUUCGGUAGCAAGGGUAUGAACUUCGACGUGAAAAAGCUGUCGGAAAAGAGUCAUCAUCAACCGUGCUUCGUCGUUUUCGAUAUUAUUCAGCACAACAAUGUUUUACUUGACGACGUACCUUAUCAGAGUAGAUUGAAAUUGCUGAACGACGUGUUCACCGAAGAAAAAGGCUCUUUGAUCAUAUGUCGGUCCGCUUUAAUUUCGAACAGAGAGGAAUUGGUAAAGGAGUUCGAGAAGUGUCUCGAUAACGAUGAGGAAGGACUCGUUGUAAAGAAAUGUAAUAUGAAGUAUAAGCCAAAUGUUCGGGAUGGUGGCGGCGGUUAUAAGAUAAAAGCAGAGUAUUCCAAGAAUCUGGUACAGGAUUUGGAUCUGAUUGUACUCGGCGGUUAUUACGGGGAUGGCAAAUAUAUGGGAAGAAUUAAGAGUUUUAUGAUGGGCGUUGCCAAGAGUCACAAAGAAAAUCCGACGACGGAUACGACGCAAUUUCUAUGCGUCGUAUCGGUGAGCAAUGGAAUUGCAAACGAAACGUUGCGCGAUCUCGAAACGAAGUUUGAACCGCAUUGGGUCAAGGAACGUCCCGAAAACAUCACGGGUCCUAAGAAGUGUCAGCCGGAUUUGUGGAUUCGUCCGGAACACUCGAUAAUCUUCACAAUACUCGCGACCGAGAUGGUGCGCAGCAGCGAAUAUCCAACCGGAUAUUCCUUGCGAUUUCCCAGAGUUACGAGAAUCAGGGAUGACAAGCCGUGGUACAAUUCGUGCACACUUUCGGAACUCUUGUCGUUGGUCAAAAACAAAGGUGUGAUCCAGAAGUUGACCAAGCGAAAAGUAAUCUCGGACGAUAUCGACGAAAUGCCGACCUCGGACGAUGUCGACGAAAUGCCGAUCUCAAAGUUGAGAAAAUCGACCAAUCGAAAUGCAACGUCGUUCGAACGUACAAAACGAAUAACACCGCUCACGCGAUUAUUAGACGGGAAAGAGAUCUGCGUGAUAAACGGCACCGACGAACUGACGAAGGAACAAGUGGAAGAAACGUUGCGGCAGCACAGCGCGAAGAUCGUUCAGAAUCCAAUUCGGAACACCACCUUCUGCGUAAUAGUGGGAAAUAGCAAAACGAUGCGAGGAAGAGACGUGAUUAAUAGUGGAAAAUACGACGUCGUAUCCCUAGAUUGGUUUGAUCGCGUCACCAAUCAGUCUGACUACACCUCGCCAGUUGAUUUCUUACCGUGGGAAUUGUUGUGCAGUCGAAACACCACGAGCCAGCGACUUGAGCGCACUUAUGACGAGUACCACGAUAGUUUCAUCGUUGACGCGAACGAAGAGAGCUUGAAACGUUCAUUCGAUAAAAUUGCGGAAUCGCUUGCGUGCGGUACAGUCGAGGAUAAAAAGAAAUUGGACGAAGAAUUGUUCGAUGGAAAUGCGUCGCCUUAUUCGCUGUUCAGAGACGUAAUUGGAUUUUUUGACGAUCCGAUGUGCUAUGCGAAGUACAAAUUUCGUUUCAUGUCGGGUAGAGUUAAGGACGAAUUUGACGAUACCGUUACGCACGUGUUCGUGGACGACGAAAUCGACGGCACGAAUAACAAACGUCGCGCGACAACUUUUCAAACAAACGCGCAAACAUCCGCGAAAAUUGUUACGUGCUAUUGGAUCGAGCAAUGUUUCCGUAACGGCCAAUUGUGCGAAAUUACGGACUAUUUGAUUUGUUAGACGCGUUUGGAUUUGAACAGGAACUAUAAAAAAAAAAAAGAAAUAAAUGUAAUACCAAAGCAACUGUAUAAGACAAAUAUAUCAAUUUCGCGAAAUACGUGAAAUAAAAAUGUUAAACACA